AUGGUGCCCGGGGCGCCCGGCGCGGCCCUGAGCCUCUGCCUCUGGCUGGCGGCCUCCGGGGGCUGCCUGGCUGCCGGCCCCGGCGCGGCGGCCGCUCGGCGGCUGGACGAGUCCCUGUCGGCCGGGAGCGUCCAGCGCGCCCGCUGCGCCUCCAGGUGCCUGAGCUUGCAGAUCACGCGCAUCUCCGCCUUCUUCCAGCACUUCCAGAACAAUGGUUCCCUGGUUUGGUGCCAGAAUCACAAGCAAUGUUCUAAGUGUCUGGAGCCCUGCAAGGAGUCCUGGGACCUGCGGAAGCAGCAGUGCCAGAGCUUCUGUGAGCCUCUCUUCCCCAAGAAGAACUAUGAAUGCCUGACAAGCUGUGAGUUCCUCAAGUACAUCCUGUUGGUGAAGCAGGGCGACUGCCCAGCCCCGGAGAAAGCCAGUGGGUUUGCCGCCGCCUGUGUGGAAAGUUGUGAAGCUGACAACGAGUGCUCUGGGGUUAAGAAGUGUUGUUCGAACGGGUGUGGACACACCUGUCAGGUGCCCAAGACGCUAUACAAAGGUGUCCCCCUGAAGCCCAGGAAGGAGUUGCGAUUUACAGAACUGCAGUCCGGACAGCUGGAGAUUAAGUGGUCCUCGAAAUUCAAUAUUUCCAUUGAGCCCGUGAUCUACGUGGUACAGAGAAGGUGGAAUUACGGGAUCCAUCCUAGCGAGGACGAUGCCACACAGUGGCAGACAGUAGCCCAGACCACAGAUGAGCGGGUCCAGCUGACCGACAUACGACCCAGCAGGUGGUAUCAGUUCCGAGUGGCAGCCGUCAACGUGCAUGGCACCCGAGGCUUCACGGCCCCCAGCAAACACUUCCGCUCCUCCAAAGAUCCAUCCGCACCCCCAGCUCCGGCCAACCUCCGACUUGCAAAUUCCACCGUAAACAGUGACAACACUGUGACCGUGGCUAUUGUUUGGGAUCUCCCUGAGGAACCAGACAUCCCCGUGCAUCACUACAAGGUGUUUUGGAGCUGGACGGUCAACAGCAAAUCCCUCGUCCCAACAAAAAAGAAGCGGAGAAAGACUACGGAUGGGUCCCAGAAUUCGGUGAUCCUGGACAGACUCCAGCCAGACUCCAGCUACACCGUGGAGCUGCAGGCCGUGGCGUACUGGGGGCAGACGCGCCUGAAGGGGGCCAAGGCCUCCCUGCACUUCACGCCGGCGCACGCCGCCAGCCACAAAGAGCACGUCGGAAAAUCCAGAAAGAGCCCGACGCACAUACAGCCCCCUUUCCAGAGACGACGGCCCGCUCGCCUCCUGGAAAUCGGAGCCCCCUUCUAUCAAGACAACCAACUGCAGGUGAAGGUCUACUGGAAAAAGACCGAAGAUCCCAGCGUCAGCCGCUACCACGUGCACUGGCUCCCGGAGGCCUGCGCCCACAACCGGAGCUCCGCGCCAGGGACCGCUGCUGCCAUCACCCAGGAAAACUAUAUAAUUCUUCAAGAUCUAGCAUUUUCCUGCAAAUACAAGGUGACGGUCCAGCCGACCGGGCCCACGGGCCGCCUGAAGGCCGAGACGGGCUUCUUCACGACGCCGCCCUGCUCUGCCCUGAAGGGGAAGAGCCCCAAGCCCGGGAGCUGCGCCGGCGACGCAGGUCCCCCGCCCAAGGUGCUGGCCAAGCCCGAGAACCUGUCCGCCUCGUUCGUGCUGCACGGGGCCAACGUCACGGCGCACUUCUCCUGGAGGGUGGCCCGCGGCGCGCAGCGGCCGCCCACCGGCUUCCAGGUGACCUGGGCCGAGGUGACCUCCGAGAGCAGGCACAACAGCCUGCCCAACAGCAUCAUCUCCCGCUCGCAGAUCCUGCCGUCGGACCAUAACGUCCUAACAGUGCCCAACCUGAGGCCGUCCACGCUGUACCGGCUGGAAGUGCAGGUGCUGACCGCGGGUGGCGAAGGGCCGGCCACCAUCAAAACCUUCUGGACGCCCGACCUCACGCUGCCCUCAGGACACAGACCGCAUCUUAAGCACCGGCAUCCUCCUCACUACAAGCCUUCCCCAGAAAGAUACUAAACGGUUCAAAAAGAUGUCUGAGAAUGUACGAACGAGCAAGCUGCUUGAGCCUCCAGGUCCAGCCGCGCUGCUCCGGAGGCAGCAGGUGCCCACGCACCCUCCCUCUCCCGUGUAACCUUGUACCCUCCGUCCCUCUGCCCAUCUCGACGCAUGUGGAAACAGUCCCAGACGGCCCGUGGAGGUGGACGCACGCGUUCCCUGGAAUGGAGGAGACGAAGACGGGGCCCAUCUAGCUGGAAACCUGAAUGUCCGCGGAGGAGUCUCGGUGGAAUGAGUGCAGAGAUGAGAUCUCUCUGAAUUUGGAGCCGCAAAUUCUCAGAACGAAUCAGUGUGACAGAUACACAACUAAUACACAUACUAAGCAUAACGUUCAUCAAUAAAACAUUUUUAAAUUAAAUGAUUGCUUUGAUUCGCAAAAUCAAAUAAGAUGGUGCAGUUUUUAAGGCCCGUUUACUCACAUCUCUCCUAAGAUGAGUUAUAGCAUGUGUGAUUUUUUUUUAACCUCAGAUCCGUAGCAGUUAACUUCCACGUACGAAUGUGCGCACCUGCAGCCCCCCCGAGCCACACGCACACACAGGCACAUGAGCGUCACGUGCGUGAGCUGUGCUUUACGAGAACCUUCCAAAGUGAAUCGGCUGCCACGCACAGUCUGCCUUGGAGAAAUUAGAAUGCUUUUCCGGGGAUACAUUUGAAUACUUCGUCCCAUAAAAUGAGAGCUUCCUGAUGCGCAUUCUUAUUUAUGUUUUCCUUUUUUCCUCCAUGCAGAAAAGACCUGCUGGUAUGCUUUGUUUUACCACGUCACAUAUCUCAAAAUUUACAAAACCUCCUGCUUAACAUGAGAGAAUUCCAACUAUUGAAUAUUUUGAGAUCUUUCCUAAGGUUUGCCUUUUCCUCAAGUAAGCUAUUUGUAUGCGAGAAUGUUCUCGGUGAUGCAGACAAGAGGCUCCGGGUGAUAGAGGACCGCUACUUCCCUGCCUUUACCGUCUCGAGUCCAUUCUGCCGGACUGCUGGGCUCCCAACGACCCUUCGCGGCGUGGACACGGGUGGGAACGCAUCGUCAGUGCGUGGUGCUGCUGGAAACCCACCACCGUUAGCUUAACCCAGUCUUUUCUUGAGAGAAUACCCAGAGGUGUGGUUUGAAAUAUGCAUCCAUGUGUGUCUGUGUCCAUACGUGUGUGUGAGAUCCACACAGACACAUCGCACACGCCGAGGGUGACUCACUGCGGACGUUCUCUUCACAGCUCAGCAGUGGUGCAGACACCCGGGUCUCCUAAAGGGAAGGGCCACGUAGUUUCCCCGUCAGUGUUGACUCUGUGAGGAAACAGCAAUUUAUCGACAUUUCAGCGUCUCAAAGGAACGGCUGCUCCCUCCUUUCGUUGUGCACCUAAGUCAAUCUGGGAAGUGUUGGGGACCGUCCUCUUGGGUCGUGAUGGUGGCCCCGGGCCCUUGCCCUGUGGUGGCUCCUGGAAGCGUGGGGAUGUGGCGACUGCUCCUGGCAGGGACAGCUCUGGGUCCGUCGAGUCCACCGGUGUCUGAGGCGACCGCGCCAUACAACGGAGACGGGGUAUUUGUAUUAGCCUGUGGAUGCGUCUCUAGGAAAGGCGGUCUGGACGCGUGGAUGCGCGGUAACAGGCAGUGAAACCCGCCUCCUGUGUAGCAGAGACGUAAAAUGCCGAUGAGCGCAAUGUUCUACAGCUUCGUACACUUCGUGACACUCGUCGGAAACGCCAGCGUGGACGUGCACGUGGCUUCCGAAUGCUUUGCUGCAGCUGCUGACGCGGUCGGGACGGACUCAGCACAACGUGCUGCGACGCCCCCCACCAGCUCCCAGAGUUACGCGUUUGUCACCCAGAGAACGGGAAGCUCCCCUCGUUUCGACAGCCCGACACCUGACCCAACAGCACCGGUAUCUUCGCAGAAACUAUGAUUUAUGCCAGUGCUGCGAGCGGCAUCUCAAUUUCAAAUUCUCAAAUUCUCACAAAUUAGGAUGUCUAAUGUUGGCUAUAGCAUUCUGUUUUACCUUAUUUUGCCGUGAGCAAAUCCAGUAUUUGUGCCAGAAAAUUCUUAUACUGUUGUAUAGUUCAAAAUGCAGGAGUGUAUACAUAGAUACGAAAUAUUAUUAAAUUAUUAUGUAAGUUUAAUUUUAUAAAGUUUAAUUAUAUGUCUUUCGUCUGAGGAAUAGACAACGAGCAAAUAUAUUUUUAGUUUGGAUGAAGGUUUUGAACUUACAAAAUUGAAAGUAGCUCCUGUGAGUAUCUAAUUUUACUAUAACAAAAUUUUAAUUUCAUUCACAUUAUUGGAAGAAAAAUGCUAUUAAUUAUGGUUAAGGAAACGUGAGUUUCUUUUAUGAAUUUCAGUAAUCCUCAAUAAUAUGCAAAUUGGCCAAGAUAUAAUUACAUUUUUUAAAAAUGUUAAAAAUGUGAGUGUCCUCAUAAAGGGUUUACAAUCUACAGGGGCUUUUUUAAAAAACAUAGUUCUAGUGGCUAGGUCUCUAAUAUAUCUUACUAAAAUUAAAUGCAUCUCUCAUAGGACAAAAAAUAUAUUCCGUGAUAAUAUUCACUCUUAGCAAUUAAGCCCACGACAAAUGCCAAGUCCUGUAAUUCCCGGGGGUUAGUCACUGAGGUUGCACGCGGUGUGCCUGCGGCACGUGCUCCGCUGAAGGUACCAGCUCUGCGCCCUUCCAGCUGGAGCUCUGCAGGCGACUCUUGUGAGCGAGCGUGUGCCCUCCCAAGUCCCUCCUUGUGUUACUCUGACGUUUCAGAGACGAUGAAAUUGAUGACAGGUAGCUCUCUGAAAAGCGUAUUCAGCAAAGUUCAAGUGUAAAGCUGGGUCUGUACGCUGGGAACCUCAAAGGGCCUGUACGUGAUUGUGCAGAGUGGGCCUGGUCCAUGGCAGCGGGGCUGGCAGGUGCGGCCGGCAGGUGGGGUGGGGGCGGCUCAGUGUGUGCAGGGAACCCCCACCCCGAAUCCCAGGAUGUAUGUGCCCCUCAGGGGCCUGAGGCCUGGCCCCCGCCCCACCCACCACAUGCCAGGAGCACUCCCCCAAGUAGUGAGAACCCACAAUUCUCCACACACUGGUUAUUGUCCCAUCUCCCUUCCCCCCGCUUGAGAAUCCCGCCCCGGACAGGCAGCGAUCUGUACUAAACACGUGAGAAUGUGCCGACUUAAGGCACCCCUUCCCGGGAACUGAGGAACAGCUGCAAACUUAGACAUCGAAGCCCUGCGUUGUGUCUCUUGUGUCCACUGAAAGACCUGAGGGGAAGACUGAAUUUUGCCGUGUGUCCGUAUGACGCAGGUACGAAUACUUUCUCCUUCCUGUGAGUCCACGUCACUUGUGGUAGUGCCCUUCCUUCCGCCUCGUGCCGUGGAUUUACUAAUGAAGUUUACCCAUUCCCACGAUUGCAAAUAGCUCUAAAUCUUAUUAAACAAAUCUUCCCAUUGUAACCAGAACACAGAGGCUAAGUAUCUGUUGCAUGUACUUAUAAUUCACUUAAGAUAAUAAAUGCAUAAAGAUGGUGACUCUUCCCUAUGGUUCUGCAUGGCCAGACUCCGUUUCUUACCUCUACUGAAUAUUUUAGCAAGUUACACAAUUUACAGAGUGAUUAACAGAGGUCUGUUUGUAAAGGUAUUAUUAUUCCUUUCCUUAAUUAUUCCGUAGUGUGCAGAUAACAGAGCAGCCACCUUCUCAUCCAAGUGGCCUACGGAGAUCAUGUCUCUUCCUGGUCAUUUCAAGUCUAUAUUUAUUUAUGUAUGUAAUAAAAAAAAAAGUGAUUUGUGUGUGCGUCUGUCAUGUUAUUUAGAGAGAAGUAAUCUUGUAAAAAAACAUUUUGUAAAAACAAAAAAGUAUUGUAAAUAGCCUGAUAUUCUGUGACUCAUUAUUUUCAUGUUAGAGUUUGUACAUACUGAUCGGUAAUAAAGUAUCCUUAAACCUG